AUGUCUGUGUGGCAGGAUUGGGUCAUCGGACUGGCCUCCCUCUUUCCUACUACCCGCCAGAACAGUUUCGCUACUGCAACAGUGAUGGAGAUUUUGCGUGUUCUCCUCUACCAUGCCCUGCGCUACGAGUACGGUGGUUGGCGUGUGUGGAUAGACACACUGGCCAUCCUGCAUUCCCGAAUUGCCUUCGAGGAGUACCGCCGAUCCCCACAACAGGUGAGUUAG